AUGAACUUUGACGACGCCGCGCCGUACGGCCUCUCGUCUCUCGCUCCCGAGCAAUGGGAGGAGGUCGACCACGCCACGGAGGGACCUCUCGCUGGCACGGGAGGCACCAUGGAAGAGCAGGACCCCCUUGGACUCCGAGGAAGACUCAGCUUACCUCAAGACGCCUCCAAGAGCUUUGACCCCAAGCUAUUCAUCCAGGUUCAGCACCCGGACGCGUCAUUCGCGGACCUUCGUCUCGGCAUUGAGCACCUCGAACGGUCGAUUGACGCUCGAAGCGAAGCCGUACGCAUUCUCGUCGAGGACAACUUUGAUCGCUUUGUCGCCGUCAAGGCGUCCAGCGACGUCGUGUACCGCGACAUGAAGGAAGGUUUCCUAGACGACGAUGACCAUGGCGCCCUGACAUGUGAUCGUGCCGACCUCGUCUACCUUCCCGUCCUCGACAACGCUGUCAAGGCGUCCAAGCUGCGAUCAACGUUGGGCGUCUUUGAAAAGUCCAAGUUUCUUUUCAAUCUUCCCGGCCAGCUCCUCGAGUCUAUCAAUGCCGGCAAGUACGACCAGGCGCUUCGCGACUAUAAGAAGGGCCUCUUCCUUCACCGCGGUGGAGCCCUGAUGCCGGGCGUGAAGGCGACGACGCCCGAUCAAAUUGCCCGCCAGCGUCGCAUCUUUAACAAAGUGUGGGACAGUGUCGAGGACGUCAUGCGCGACAUGCGACGUCGCCUGCACGUGCUCCUGAAGGACCCGAACCGCUCGAUCGAGGACCAGGAGAAGACGCUGGAGAUGCUGAUCGAGAUUGAAGGAUCAGACGAGCCAGCGUGGAGCUACCUGGACUACCAGCACGAGCACAUUGUGGACAGUGUCAAGUCGUUGUACGAGCGCGCCAACGAUGCUGUCAAAAGGGCGCAGCGCGAGGCUGCCUCCGAGCCCUCUUCUUCCUCACCAUACACCGAUCUCCUUCGCCGCCAGCUGGUCCAGCCCACGUACACCCCGAACUCUGUGACGCGGUUCUGGCGGGUUGCCAAGGCGUGCAUGGACGGACGGUACCGCAAGCGCGACUCGUCGGGUGCCCUGCGCGCUUCGCACCGGCCAGCUCAAGCCUGCCGACAGAUGGCUGCGGACAUUAUCAAGACAUACAUUGUCAUCAUUGCCCAAUUCUUCGCCUUAUCAGACGUCGGUGUGUCGUCUAAGAAGCGGCUUCGCGAGCAGUCCAUCCCAUCCUUCGUCCCUGCGGGAACGACGGUGCUGGCUGCUGGCUAUUAUGGCGAGCAGAUUGCCAAUGCCAUCGGAGACUGCACCACUGAGCUCGUAGCAAUCGACGUCGGAAAGGACGCGAGUUCGAGUGUCAAAUCGUUCAUGGAAUCCUUACGCUGGCGCAUGGAGGAGAUGAUUACAACGACGUGGAUCCGAGACGCGGCCGACUUUUACCUGCUCGAGGACUGGAAACCGCCAGUCAACGAGGGCAUUCUGCGCGGACGAACACGCUUCAUCUACACGAUGGACGACUUCCAAGCCCGCGUCAUCAAGGCGGCGAGGGCAGUGGCGACGGGGCCAGCGACCGACGACAAGCCGCCGCCGCCAGCGUCACCAGUUUUCCAGCGCAAGAUUCGCGAGGGCAUCGUCGAGUCUCAGACUCUUCUGUUCGAGGGUAUCAUGCGCCUGAGCCAGCUGACGGCUGCCGAGGAGCACGCCGUGCGGGUAUCCGGCACGAAAGAAAAGACGCCAACGACGGACGCGGAGACGCGGCUGCUAUACAUUCUGUCCGCGUUCCACUACCAGCGCAAGAAGGCGGUGCCUGCGAUCAUGAACCUGGCCGCCAAGUUGCUCGGCCCAGAAGCGGCCGGCGACGAGACGCAGCUGGAGGACGCACGUGCUCGUUUAGAGGUACGCGCGUUCGACAUGUGUGUGUCUCUGCGCGCCGAUCCGAUGUGCAAGAUUCUGUCAGAUGCGAUUCUGCACAGCGGCAUCGACUGGCUGACGUGCCCCGCACCAACAGAGGUGCGGGGGUACAUGCACCGAAUCAUCCUGCAGCUCGUCGAGGCGCAUGCGCGCGUGUCGAACGUGAACCCGAUCCUAGUCAACAACGUCCUGAAGGCGCUUGUGUCGCGUUUAGCACAAACGGCGCUCGAGUCGUUCAAGAUCAUCAAGCGCUUCGGGACGGGCGGCAUGUUGACUGCAACCGUCGAGAUCGAGUACCUGCAGCAGAGCGUCGAGGCGUACCUGAACCGGGGCGCUAAGGAGGCCUUUGGGCAGACGUACGAGAUCAUCUCGCGCGGGCUGCGGAGCAACGAGACGCCCGAGGCGCUGCAGCGCGAACUGGCCAGUCUGCAGACGAUCAUCCGCGACACGAGGCGUGUGACGGCCGUCGAGACGAUUGCGCUGCGUCCGACGACGAGCAGGAAUGAUAGUACGGGCAGGCGAUGA